CACGAGCAGCAAGUCGGCGAUAUCGUGGUACUGCCGCCUCUGGGUGCGGCUCAGGUGAGGCCAAAUCGCGCACCCGCAUGCCACAUCACUCACGCCUGCAUGCCAGAUCGUGAACAAGGGCGCCAGAGUAGUGCGAUCGCGCACUUCGCAUCUCACGCUCGACUCGUUGGCUCUCGCGCUCGACAGUGAGCUGCCGAUGUACCAGAGGCUUUGCAAGCGCGAAAGCUUCGGGAUCAAGCACCACAUCGAGCAUCUCGUCCGGGCCGCGACCGAGCAGUCCGGAGUCCUUCCUCCAGGCGAAUUCCGCAGGGCGCUCCUGCUCUUUCGCCGCUGCCUGGUUGACUCGUGGUCCGGCUACGACGAGGAGAGCGAAGAAGAGACGCAGGUCCGCAAGCUCGAGGCAAACUCUGCCGAGUGCGACGUCUGCCAUGCGGCGCUGUGGCAGUCGUACUGGCAGCUCGAGCCCACGGACUCCGCAGACGUCUCCGACUCCGAGGGACGAGCUGCGCUCCGACCGCCUGAUCCGUCGGCCGCACAGUCGGCUUUCCGCCUGUGCAGCAUGUGCUAUGCCAGCGGCCGCCUGUGCAAAGGCGAGCCGCCCGACGCGCUGCAGCCAUUCAUGUCGCAGGCCUUUCAGACGCUCGUCGACAUGUACAACCGUGCAGCGGAGGUGCUCGCCGAGCGGUGGGGCCAGGCCGGGAUAACUGAGCCGCUGGGCGUCAAGCCCUAUCAGCACUUCGAGGGUCUCGAGGGCGUGGCCGCGGCGCAGCCGCAUCGCGCAGGCCACCGUUUGUACUGGAUCCGCACGCAGCCCAACGAGGAGAACGUGGCAAAAUGCCGGUCAUGCGGCUCACCCGAGACGGCGCCCAACCGCUUCAAGUGCAAGCCUUGCCACUACUCUUUCUGCUGGCCGUGCAUCCUCAAGAAUCACUAUAUCCACGCCAUCGAGGGCCUGAACUCGUCGCCCCAGACGUUCCACGACCUGCACCGAGGCAAGGCGCAGGAGCUCUACUACGAGUGGCACGCCAGCCCGGCAGCCGUGAACCUGAAGCGCGCGCCUCUUGCUCGCCUCGUCAGGGUAGUGAGAGAGAGCGCCGCGCCGCGUCUGCUGCACCCGCGAGCGCAGGCAGGCUACCUCGACGGGCCAAGGAUCGUCGGUGCAAUCUCCUUGGGCUCAGCGUCGGCGAAGAAGAGAGCGCGCAAGACCCGCAAACGGCGCUCGUCUGAGCUGCAGACGCUCAGUCCGAGUCCGCAACCUGUGCGACGCGCCAAGGCACCCCGUCUGUCGGCAAGCGCGCCCGCCAGCGCCGACGACGGCGACAGCUCCGUCGCGCCCGAGGAUGCCGACAUGGACGGAGACGACGACGAUGCUGCGGAUACUGCCGACGAGGAGCACGCCUCGGCAGCCCAGGCUGGCCGGCCGCCGACGCGGUGGUGGAGGUCGGCCCAUGCCUCGAAGCGCGCAGCCGCAGGCGAUGCCGCUGCUGGGAGCGGCUCGGCGUCUGGCUCGCAUCUCGACGGCGCUUCGCUGCACACGGCAAGCGAGCUUCGCGCGCUGGCAGAUGCCGUCGCAGCGCAGGAGCGUGCCGCCGCGGCCAGAGAAGCCGCGCAUGUCCAGCGCCACCACGAGCUGCUGCGUGUGCUGUCUCUGCGGACCGAGCGCGAAGAGCGACUGGAGCGCAGCGUCGCCGACCUGUCCCUCCGCAUCCGCCGCUUCGAGCAGCAGCUCGCCGAGAAGGUGGGCGAUCCGUCGAACGGAUUUCCGGACAGCUCGCUGCGGCUGUCUGCCGCAGCCUCGCUGUCGGCGCUGCGCUCCACCGGCGCGCCGCCUGGUGCACAGCUGGCCGUCGUACCCGAGCCGCGGCACAGCGCCACGCCCUCGCCCCUGCCGCCCGCAAGUGGCCCGCCGUACGCGGCCAACGGCACCGGCCACUCCAUCUCCCCGCCUGCUCCUUUCUGAUGUGCGUCUGCUGUCACCGCCUAUACCAAUGUCGUCAUUGCCCUGCUGCCGCCGCCUCCCUUGCCUGUCCCUCUGCAGGCGCUCUAGGCGCCGAAGCGAGCCAGGCGCCGUCGGCGGAUCUCAUCCGGGCUGAGCACCUCCGCCGGCUC